AUGUGGAAGAAGUUAAGGGGCUGGAAAGAAAAGUUAUUGUCGCGAGCUGGGAAAGAGGUUCUGAUCAAGGCUGUUAUCCAAGCAUUGCCUACAUACAUAAUGGGAGUUUAUAAGCUUCCGGUUGCUGUCAUACAAGAAAUCCACUCUGCAAUGGCUCGAUUCUGGUGGGGAGGAAAAGGGGAUGAGCGGAAAAUGCAUUGGCUAAGUUGGGAGAAAAUGUGCAAACCCAAGUGUAUGGGGGGUAUGGGAUUUAAGGACCUUGCAGUUUUUAAUGAUGCUUUAUUGGGCAAACAAGUGUGGCGAUUAUUGCAUAAUAAAGAGUCCCUUUUGAGUAGGGUAAUGAGUGCCAAGUAUUAUCCUCAUGGUGAUGUUUGUCAAGCGCGGUUAGGAUACUCGCAUAGCUACUCGUGGCAGAGUAUUUGGGGUGCGAAGAGUUUGGUAUUGGAGAGUUUGAUUUGGAGGGUUGGAGAUGGAACUAAAAUUGACAUAUGGAGUGCACCAUGGGUAGGAGAUGAAGAAGGUAGAUUCAUCAAGAGUGCUCGAGUGGAGGGUCUUGAACUGGUAGGAGAUUUGAUGGAUGUUGAAAGGAAGGAGUGGAAUGUGGAACUAAUCGAUAGUCAUUUCAAUGAACGUGAUCAACAGUGUAUCUUGGCCAUUCCUUUAAGCACCAGAUGUCUACAUGAUGAGUUAACUUGGGCGUACUCUAAGAACGGCACUUAUUCGGUGAAAACUGCUUAUAUGUUGGGAAAAGGGGGCAACCUGGAGGAUUUUCAUAAGGUGGAAUAUAUAAUGGAGCUUAAAUGUGUCGCCUAA